AUGCGCGACUUCAUCGACUACCUCCAAGAGGCCUUUAUCACAUCCAGUGGAGCUGACAAGGAAACUCAGUAUUCAAAUCUAGACCUCACAGCUCGCUCUCUCCUGGGCUUCCAGACACCCACUGGCUCACGCAUCACCCUCUCCUCUUUUGUGCGCCCCAAAUUCGGCACCAGCUACAGUAUCGGCAUCAAGGAUGGCUGGAUCUCCUACCUGUACUCCACCCACCCCCUCAGCCCUGACAUCGUCUCCAGCUCCGACAAGAUCCCUCUCCCCAACCUGCUCAGGUGCUACCGGUCCCUGUCCACACAGGCUAUCCGCCAUGCCGUCGGGCACAAACUGGUCUAUGGGAGACUGUACCUGCCGCAAUCUCGCCUGGAGGCGCUGCUCUCCACGAGAAUCUCGCCCCAGGUGAACCUGGCACUGAGGGCUGUAAGCCAGGAGAACCUGCGACACGGCGGGACCCUCUUAGGCCUGGCGUCGUGGGACGACACCGCAGGACGGUUUGGGGUCGAGACGCUCGCAUCCAGUGACGGGGGCGUGCUUGGCCUCCGUGGUCUGUGGAAUGUGACGAACACGGCGUCUUCAGAGACCAGCGAUAUCCUUGAAUCACAUCAACCGCCUCUCGCAUCAACAUCGUCACCCGGGGCUGCGACUGACGCCUCCUCUGGUGAUAAGGAACGUAUCAAUGGCCGUUUCAGCGCAGGCGGGGAAAUCUACUACGGCACACUGAACAAGAGCGGCGGACUCAGCCUGGGUGGCCGGUUCCAGACCCUUCCGACGCACCAUGGCACACCGCUGACCGCAACGCUGACGUUCAACCUGGUGGGCCAUAUGAGUGCGACCUAUGCGGUGAUGGCGGGCGACUGGACCCUCGCAUCGCAGUUUGGCUUUAAUCUGUACAGCUACGAGAGUAAUUGGGCGGUGGGGAUGGAGCUUUGGAAUAAGAGGAAGCCUAGAGCGCAAGUUGAUGGUGGCGCGACCGCAGCCGUGACGGAUACAGAGAUCCUGAAGAAUGACUCGUUUGCUUCUGUGACGAGGGUAACGCCGACCAAGAGGCUGAGAGAGCGCAGCUUCCAGGCGAAGAUGGAGUGGAGGCUGGAUGAUGAUGAAGUUGAUGUCCACACAGGUGGCCCAGCAGGUGUCGCCACAGCAGACAUACACAGCAACCCAAGGGAACAACUAGAGGAUGACUUCCCGGCAGGUGUGUUCAGGUGUCGCUGCGACCAAAACAUGAGGGUGGGCCUCAUGUACGAAGGCCGGUACAAAUCCCUGCUCUUCAGCCUGGGGACAGAUGUGGACUUGAAGAAGCUAGAUGCGCCGUUCAGGGGACUUGGCCUGGCAGUCCAGUACUCUUCCUGA